GCUGAUUAUAGAUAGAUGAACAAGAAACAGCUUGCUCCAAAUCAAGACUUAGGGUAUGAUAACGCCUUACAGAAGAUCACGAUUAACUCAAAAGCCAUUGUUAACCAUCACACCAUCAAAAAUAAAAAUAGCAGUGGAUCUAGAGUCCAUUUCAUCAAUCUAAAUUCCAAUGCAAGAACUGGUGAUACUUUCUCGGAUAACCAUAACUCAGAGAGCAAAACUCAGAAGUCCAUUCUUGAAAAGACUCCAGAGAAUACCUUUAAGUCUCCUGAAAAAGAUAAUUCAUUCAGGAAAUAGCUUGCAAUUUUCAGAGAAAAAACGUAAUUCUUUAGAGAAAAAUGAGGUAAUGAUAGCCAAGUUAGACGGAAAAUCACUAGUAAGAGAAGGAAAAGUUUGAAAUAAGAAAACCAACCCAUCUCUGAAGGUCUUUGAAAUGAAUCCAAAGAAUCUGCUUAAUAGCCAUCAAGAACCAGUUAGGAAGGAUUACCAGAUACAUUCUAUCAGCAAGCGAUAUAAGAUGUCAAUUCAGAAGUAUUCUAAACCAAAAGAAUCAGGUUUCAAAAAUAGGGAUAUUUUUAAACAUAAAAGAAGAAGUCUUCAUGAUCUCUCUCCCGACAAGCUCCAGAACAGGUUUGAUAAACAAAAAGAUGACUCGAUGCACGGGAGCAAACGCAACAGUGAUCUAGAUAUCAUCAAGAGCAAGACCAACAACAGGAGUUCUGUUAGAACUCUGUCGAUGCCUGCUGAAAAAGCUGAAGGAAAUAAGUGUAUCUUGAACUUAUUUCUCAAUAAAGAAGGUACGAAACGGCAGAAAACCACAAGGCCUUCUACUAAUAUUUUUAAGGGGAGAUCUCCCUCUGUGAAGAAGCAGGAGAUCAUCCAGCCUAAAUACGAGUAUGUGCCAUCCUUAUCAAAAAGAAUAAGUUCUCAAGAUUAUUACCAAAUGGAAGAAGAAAAUUUAGAGAUGCUUGAUAAAGGCCUAAAAUCCUCAAAUGGAGUCACCUCUUAUUUCGGAAUUGAUGUCAAUUCCUUGGGAGUCAGGCCAGGUACUCAGAUUACAAUUAGACCAAAAGAAAAUAUGAGAAAAUCAAAGAAAAUAUCAAAGCAAAAGGAUGAGGGAAAGAGACAGAGCGAUUCACCAACAAAUAAUAGGAUUCAUAAUCAACCAGGGAUUCCUGGAUCUAAUCAAGUUAUAGACUCCUCUAAUAAUGAUCUUUUCCUGACAUCCAGAAGGCUUGAGCCUAACGAUAUGAGGAUCCAGACUAUAAAGUUACGAAACAACAGUCCAAAUAGAACAAGUAAAACUCUUCUGUUGAGAAUCAACAACUCAGACUUGAACAACAAGAAUAAAUAAGAAAAAUGAAGUAGAUGAGAACAAAGGAGAAUUCCCUGAAGACCCCACUUAUGCUUUCAAUGAGAACGAGUUUGCUAAGGCCACAAUAGAGUAUUCCAAGGAUAAUGGAGGACCUAAGAACAACGAUUUAGACAAAGAUAGCGACCAGAAGUACUCAUAUGAAGAGACUAAAGUUUUAAACUCAAUCCAGAACAAUUUUGAGAAGAAAAUGGGAGGUUUCCUUACCAAACCUGAUGAAUCAAGGGUGAUUAAAAAUUCCUUCAUGUCACGAGAAGACAGUGAGCAACAAGAGCCUGAUAUAUUCCAAGAAUCUGGAGAUCUUGGGAAUAAUAGAAAGGUACAGAUCAGGGAAGAUAGCCUGAAUAUUAAUAUUUCAGGCCAAACUGGUCGGAAGAGUGAUAUCCACAAGAUAAAGCAGUAUAUUGCUGAGAGUAAAGAGAAGGCUGGCCUCUCUAAUGUUAAGACAAAGAACUUGACUAAGAGAAUAAAGAAGAACCUUGGGCCAAAAUUAACUAAAUAAAUUGUUGUAUAAUGAGGAAUACGUGCAGAUUUUGAAGUCUCGGGCUGUAAUAAGAAAACAUACGAGAAUUCAUACUGAUAAAGGGACUGUUCAGAAGAAAGUUAAUUUUAAGACCCCUGAUUUCUAUUCUAACAAGAAGUUUCCUGGAAGGACCUUGAAAUCUCAGACAAGGCCUGGAACUCAGGUGUUCCAACGUAGGGAUUUGAAUAUUUAUGGGUCCAAUACCAACAGAGUUCUGAAUUUUAAAAAUAACAAUUUGGUGAAGACUUCCAAAGAGUGAUUUUCCAACAGAUUAAUGCAAAAAUAUUUCACCUCAGUCAUGAACAGCAGAAGGGCUACAGGAGUUGAGCUGUAUAAUGACCUCUUCCCAGACAAAUUUGAAAGCAUUAAUCCAACAAAGAGUUCCAACUUCCAGCUAACCACUGAGAAUAAUCAGAAAUUUUAUAAGAGAGGGGUCCGCAAGAAUAUUGAGUUUAAUCAAGACCUUGAUUUUCAAAGAGAUGAUAGCUCAGAAAAGGAUAUACCUAGGCUUGAGAUAAAGACAAAGGAGGAGCCUGAAAUGCCUCUUAAAGUAGUUGGAAAAGUAAUUGACCGAAAGUACAGUCCGACUACCGGAAAGAGUGCUCAUUUUUGAAGAGCCACUGCUAAAUGGAAGCAAGAGCUAGACAAGUUUAUCCCAAAGAAAAAUGAGUUGUAGUAUU